AUGGCGCGAUUGAACGAAAUACCUGGACCAGCGGAGUCCAUAGAGGCUCUCAAAAGACGUUUCGUGCGUCAGAACCGCGAAAUCGCUCGAGUAAACUCUCUCCAGUCGCUACGGAUCCAAGGCCUAGAAGCCGAACUAUCUCAUCUACUCAAAGAAAAUACCGCACUCAAGGAACAGGUGAUUUCAUUAACGCAAGAUGCCGAAAAGUACGCUGCCGGCCGAGCUUUUCACAAAGAAAUCCAUCAAUGCAAAGAUAAGCUGGCAGCCAAAGUAUCGGAACUGAACAAAUUGGUCAGCGAGUUGGGCUUGAUUCCCGAGAGCUUUAUGAAAAAGACUGCGCAUCUCGAGGCGGAAGGUGAAACUCAACGCUCAGCUGAUCCCAAUCGGAGACCGAUAACAUGGAACGACAACGGCGACAGACUGCCAACUAUCAUGGAAGACAAAUACUUUCCAAGACGGACUCUCGACCCCCAGGAACUUGCAGAAUCACAGGACAUAGAUUCCCCUAGCAUAGGGUCACCUCCGGUUGCACACUUUGAUAUGAAUCAAAGCCCACUUGUACGAAGACGACAUGAUGACUUUCUCGAUAUAGACGAUGUUAUUCUUCCAGAUGCGGAAUAUGACGGCCACAGCCCUGAAGAAUCUGCAAGCAACAUGAACGAGGAGCUGCCGGUAGAAGAAACAGUCUCGCCAGCCAAAUCUGCGUCACCUCCUGCCCUGUCCGGCUCGAAGAGAAAGUUUAGCUCGACGGAAGAUGAAAUCACAUUUUCACCGCUGCCUGUAACGGCUACUAGCAAAAUUGAUGACGACUUUCAAUUUACGCGUGCAGUCGAUUUGCGAACCGAUCGUCCGAAUGUGGCCGUUGAAAUCGUCAAUGAACUUGUGGGACCAGCAAAGAAGCAACCUCCGAAGAAGACGCCUGCUGCAAAACGGAGAGUGUUAGAGCCGAAAACCACCAAUAUGGCAUCUUCAACGAAAAAACAGACCAAGGAGACAGCCCAGCAGGUCGAUGGCAAGCCAGAGAAACCGAUGAAGAAACAAGGAGAUGACGAGAAUUCGCGCAGAGGAGAACCAGCAAAGAAGAUUCCGCAGUUCCAAUCCGACAAUGUGAAAAAGCCGAAGAGAGCAGCCACAGCUUUUAUACACGAAGAUGAGCCCAUCAAACCACUCAUAUCAACCAUACCUGAGCCUCAGGAAAGCGAAUGCAUUCAAAAAAAGUCAUUUAACGCGGACGAACCUGCUGUGACAGACUCUAUGCCUCUUCCUGGUCUUGGAUCUCGACCAUCCAGGCGCGCAAGAGGCGCAGUCAGCUACGCAGAGCCGAAUCUACGCGACAAGAUGCGAAGAGCCACGAAUGAGCUUGUAGAUGCAGUGAUAAUUGCUGGUAGCCGACGUGCUUCCAAUACUGUCACAGGCACACCUGGUCGAGAUAACGACCACGAAAGCUCGACUUUGAAUAACAUCCCCGAAGAGCAUGAAUCAUCUGCGGACAGUAAUACCGCAUCGACUGCCACGACACAAGGCCUUACUGAAAUACCAAAGAAUAUGGUUACAGAGCGAAAACGAAGGACAUUGUCUGCGAGUACCAAUGAUAUUAUACGAUUCAAUGAUCUCGAGUCUGGAUCAACUUCAAAGCAGACUAAUCAAGUGGACGACUCAAGCGCCAUGUUGAGUCCCUCAGCCAACAAGAGCGUCGCUAUUAAUAAUACACGACGACGUUCAACAAAUCCUACUUCGCAAUCCCGCCGACAUUCCUCCAACCCCGCAGUUUCUGAUCGCUCAAAGCCUAUCCUGGACGAUGACACAUUAGCGUAUGACAGUGAGUUCCAUGACGACAGCUUAGAGGACUCUCAAUCAGUUAUCAAGGAUAUCGGCACAACAAAGGCCAAAACAACACGAACUCUCGUGGAUGAGAGUAGCACUUUGCUAGCCAAGCGGAGUCAGCGUGCUUCGACAAGGAGGCGGAGUAUGAUGGUAUAA